AGAAGAUGACAAGAAAGAAGCAAAGACCUCAUUACCAGAGAAUACACAAAGAAAUGAAUGGAAAAUAUACAGUAUAAGCAAGAGAAAUAUAAGUGAGAAAGAAGGAGAUCCUUAUGAACAAAGAAAGGAAACUAAUCUUAGAAAGAGAAAUAGAUAUAACUCAAUUUCAAGAAGUGAUAGAUCAAACUUCUGGUUAA